CGUCACGGGAACAAGCUAGUGUCACUGUUCUCACUCGACAGACUCAGGUCAGCGAAUCGUCAGUUGUCGGCCAGGGCUAUUGAACAACCACUGACAACUCUCUUACAUGCGAAAUAUAUGGUUCUGAAUAAUCAACUACAAACAUGAGUAAUGGUGUACCAGAUUCGGAGAUCCCUAUGGAGACUGCAGGAGCAGUCGCAGCGGAGGAGGGAAUGUUCUCAACCCUUGAUUUCUUCAUACUGUCAGCCCUGGCUGGCGUUUGUGUAUACUACUUCUUCUUCAAGAAUAAAAAACAAGAGGAACCAACAUUUAAAAAGCUAACUGUCCAGCCUAUGCAGGACAGAGCUAGUAACACCGGAUUUAUAGAGAAGUUGAAAUCAUCCGGAAGGAAUGUGAUAGUGUUUUACGGGUCCCAGACAGGAACAGCAGAGGAAUUUGCUGGGCGUUUAGCGAAAGACGCCACUUGUUAUGGAAUGAAGGGCAUGGUGGCAGAUCCCGAAGAAUGUGAAAUGGAAGACCUUGUGAAGUUAAAAGAGAUAGACAAUGCACUGGCAAUAUUCUGCAUGGCGACAUACGGCGAAGGCGAUCCCACUGAUAAUGCUCAGGAGUUUUACGAUUGGUUACAAAACGCAGACUCUGAUCUCACCGGAAUUAAAUUUGCUAUUUUUGGAUUGGGUAACAAGACCUAUGAACAUUUUAAUGCUAUGGGAGAGUUCAUGGAUAAGAAACUUGAAGAGUUGGGAGCAGAGAGAAUAUAUGAACUCGGUAGUGGUGACGAUGAUGGAAAUAUUGAAGAAGAUUUUGUGACCUGGAAAGAGAAAUUUUGGCCAGCUGUAUGUGAACACUUCGGAGUAGAAGCCACUGGAGAUCAAUUCAAUAUCCGACAGUACAGUCUAACAACCUAUGAUGACUUGCUUAAGGAGAAAACGUAUUCUGGAGAAAUAGCAAGACUUGGAUCAUUCAGAAAUCAAAAACCACCCUACGAUGCCAAAAAUCCGUACCUAGCUCCCGUUAAUGUCAACCGAGAGUUACACAAGGGUGGAGACCGCUCCUGCAUGCAUAUAGAAUUUGAUAUCACCGGCUCAAAAAUCAGGUACGAGGCAGGAGAUCAUGUGGCUGUCUAUCCCGUAAAUAAUCAGGACAUUGUAAACAGAAUUGGCAAACGUCUGAAUGUGGAUCUGGACCAAGUUUUCACGCUGACAAAUGUUGAUGAGGAGGCCAGUAAGAAGCACCCAUUUCCCUGUCCAACCACCUACCGAACGGCUCUGUCCCACUACCUGGACAUCACAAGUAUGCCCCGUACUCACAUCCUUCGCGAACUGGCGGAGUAUGGUAAUGAAAAGGACAAGGAAUUCAUUGUCAAAAUGACAUCUUCAUCUCCAGAAUCUAAGGCAUCGUACAGUGAUUGGAUCAUCAAAGAUCAUAGAAACAUUCUGGCGGUCCUCGAGAGCCUGCCAUCUCUAAUGCCACCUAUAGACCACCUACUGGAAUUGUUGCCUAGGUUACAGGCCAGGUACUACUCCAUUUCAUCAUCACCAAAGAUUCAUCCUACAAGUAUCCACAUCACUGCGGUUAUUGUACAGUACAAUACUCGUACAGGGCGUGAAGUAGAAGGUGUUGCCACAAACUGGCUGGCACUCAAAAAACCAGACAAUGGAAUAAAGUAUCAAGUACCAAUCUAUGUCCGCAAAUCACAGUUCAGGCUUCCUUUCAAGACAAAUACACCUGUGAUCAUGAUUGGUCCUGGAACUGGUCUUGCACCUUUCCGAGGAUUUAUACAGGAGAGACAGUUUGUACGCAAAGAUGGAAAAACAGUGGGUGACACAGUGUUGUUUUAUGGGUGUCGUCACAAGGCACAAGACUUCCUGUACGAGGAUGAGUUAAAUGACUAUCAGAAUGAUGGCACACUUACUAAGAUGCAUGUGGCAUUCUCUCGCGAUGGUCCAAACAAGGUGUAUGUGCAACAUUUACUGGGUAAUAAUAAGGAGGAAGUGUGGAAAAUGCUUGAUGCUGGAGGUCAUAUAUAUGUGUGUGGUGAUGCUCGUAACAUGGCUCGUGAUGUCCACGAUACACUACUCAAGGUUCUGACAGAGUGUGGAGGCAUGGAGCAGCAGGUGGCUGUUGAUUACAUCAAGAAAAUGCAAUCUAAGGGACGCUACUCUUGUGACGUGUGGAGUUGAUCCUAUUUUUGGUGUAGAAUUUACAUUACAUUGUGAACAUUUACGUAAGGGUGUUUCCUUGUGAUAGUUUGAACAGUUAAAUGUGGCAGUGUUCACCAGUAUAUUGAACACUGUAGUAUAGAAUGGGUUUUCAAUCACAUGUGAUGUUUCAUCAUUUUUUGUCCUUGAACAAUAGCUAGAUUACUAAAUUGAAAACUGGACAUUUUUGCAUGAAACUCAGAUACUUACUGAAAGUCACGAAUGGAAGAUAAUAAACAUUGGCCGUUUGUUUGAAAGACCAAAGAUUGAAAAUUUUGUGGGGCAAAACUUGUGUAUAAUAUAUUGUGUAUUAUAUUGAUCACAGAUAAAUGGUCAGUAAACACAAUCAGGUAUAGAAAUCAAUUAUUUUACUGACUUCUGUUUGUCUGUUCUCUGUUUUAACACAAUAAGCAUUUGUAGAAUUGUUUUCAAUUCAAGUGAAGUCUAUGUUUUUAAUGUGUGGAGUCUGUUAUUUUUCUGAAAACCUGCGGCACUAUGGUACAUUCUGGAAAAGUUUGGCUAUUUCUUGAUGAACAUUAAUUAUUUAGUUUUAAAAAUAUAUGAUUAUGAUUCCAACACAUCAAUUGAUAAAGUAUUAUAAAUAUAUUAAAACGGUUUCUUGUAUAAAUGAAAUGACAAAGAAUUAAUUAAUUUAGAAUGUUGGUAUGAAUAAGAUUGUAUACAAAUAAACAGAUUUAUAAACAAAUUAUACUAUCGUUGAUUAUCCUAUGAAUUCCUGCUGUGUAUAUUUAUAUAUUGUAGGUAGAUAAACAAUGAUUUGCUUCUUCAUUCCUCUGUCCAUUGGCCCAAGGGUAUUUCAAACCUGGUAAGCUUAACCUUUUCACCACUGUAGACCAUAAUGGACUCAUCCAUAUCAAUGUAUGGCAGAGUCAAUUAAAGUUACAUAUGGGUGAAAGGGUAAAUGAAUCACUAGCUGUUCAGAAUGAUAUUUUUGAGAAAUGGUUUUAUGAAAUUGAUUUAUUAUUUAAAUAUUUUCUACGUCUUCUGAUAAUUCCUAUACCAGAACUUGUUAUUUUAGGUAAUUGUACAAUAAAACCCUGUUAUCUUACCAUCAUUUUAUAUCCAGCAAAAGUUUUGUUAUACUGGGUUUAAGAUUUUUUUAAGUAAAAUGGUAAAUGAGUCCUUUGUAUAUGUUGGCAGUGAUUUAAGUGACAGAUGAAUCGAGGGCAAAAUAUCAAAAAGUUUAACUAAAAACAAAAAACAAAAAAAACCUGCAAAACUACCUAGAUAAAGAAUUGUGUGAAACUUAAUUUACUCAGAAAUUUCAUCAGAAAGAAAAAAAAUUAAGUUUCAUUAAAAACAAAACUUGUAAUAGGACUUCAUCAUGCCAGUGUUACACAUGUACUUGAUUUUGACAUUUGAGCCUUGUUAUUCCAGUCAUUAGUGGUGCUUUGUCUCACGAGUCUGGAGCAUUGUUUACCCUGUUACAGUUUAGGACAUCAGUCCAGUUACAAGCUUAGUCAAUCCAGUCACAGUUGACCACUGUCAAUCCAGUCACAGUUGACCUCUGUCAAUCCAGUCACAGUUGACCUCUGUCAAUCCAGUCACAGUUGACCUUUGUCAAUCCAGUCAUAGUUGACCUUUGUCGAUUCCAUCACAGUCGACCUUUCCGAUCCUGUCACAGUUGACCUUUGUCAUUCUAGUCACAGAUGACCUUUGUCAAUCCUGUCACAGUUGACCUUUGUCAAUCCAGUCACUGUUGACCUUUGUCAAUCCAGUCACAGUUGACCUUUGUCAAUCCAGUCACUGUUGACCUUUGUCAAUCCAGUCACAGUUGACCUUUGUCAAUCCAGUCAGAUUUGAGUUUUGUUUCAGUUUAUUUUAUUACUGUUAUUCAGACAAUUUCUCUGGGACCAAAGUAUCUGGACUGACGAACUUCACAUGUUACCUGAUUUUCAAGAUUAAAUAGACGAUCAUUAAAAAUAUAAAAUAGCACUAUAAAUAAAACAGUAAUGAAAGUGUAAAUUAACCAGUGUUAUCAAAGCUAGUGGAAAAAAUCUCUGGCAACACUUGCUAUCUGUAUAAAUUGUACUGUAUUAUUGGUGAUCAGUCCAACAGCUACCUAUCAAGAUAGGGGUAAAUGGAGUGCUGGGAUUAUUUCCACAUCUUCCACUAUUAUUUAAAAAAAAUGCCCAUCACAUAGUGUUGUGGAGCACCAUUUAAUAAAAAGAAAAGAAAUACAGUACAUGUAUGUAUAAUGUGUGUUUGUGUGUGUGUUUUUUUCCUAACUGGCCCCAUAAACCCAACAGCUUGAUUUUAUUGUAGGAAGAUAUGUCUGGAUACGAUCGUCAUCUGGAAAAUGUGUUUAACUAAUGGGUAAGGUGCGGUGGGGAGCAUGGAUAUUUGUUUUGGUAUUUACUCAUUCACCCCUACCUAUCUAAAUUAGACUUGCCCAGUCUUUGAAUUGGUAAGAUUAAAAUGUGACUUUAGGGGUGAAUGGGUUAAAUAUGCUGCUAUUAAUAUAACCAGACUGUCAAAGAUAAGGUAGUGGUGUUGAGACUUUUCAAAGAUAGAGUUGCUGUCCAUGUUGUAUACAUGUACAUGUUGUAUAAAAUACCUAAAGAUGGUUUGAUUUUUUAAACCAAAGAUGUUUUUAAAUUUAAAUGAGGGCUGCCCUUGUUAUUAGUGUAUAUGUUGUAUAAAGAUGAUGCUUCUCCGAAAAUGUGUGGAUAAAGUAGCUAAGUCAUGGAUUGAUUCUGGGUUUUUUUAGAUGUUGGAUGUAAUCAGUAUUUCAAUAAUUCGCAAGCUUUGUAUAUAUGAAUUUUGUAGAUUGAAAUAAGCAUAAAAGAUAUACAUAAUUACUAUUAAUUGUACAAAUUAUGUAAUUUAAUUAAUUUGCAUACAAUGAGCAGAGGUGUACAGUUUCAUAUUUAGAGUAAUACUAGCCAGCUGGAAAAAAAUCCUUGAGCCCAACAUAUUUUAUCAGGUUGAAAAUUUUCUCAUAGCUCUGAUGCAAAGUGUUCUAAACCCAGUUUUCCGCUCAUGGAAUUGUACACCCCGGCUAUGAAUGUAAUUAAGCCAUUUUGUCUGUAAUUAGCCAAUUGAUCAUGUAGUAAUUAUAAAUACACAGCACUUUAGCUGUUCUUUAUUAUAAUUAUAUAUGCUUUGCUUUAUGGAAUAUUUAUGUAGUUGUCUGUUGAAUAAAAUAUGUGUUUGUUAUUUGUUUUAAGUAUUUAAGCGACAAAUUGAUCAGCUAUCAAGCAUCAAACCUUGGUUUGCAAUUACACAGCAACUGCCCGCUAAUGUUCUUAUUGAUAUAGGAUUUUCGUUAAUUUUGUUUUUAUUGACAUGCAAUAAAUUAAUUAACAGAUACAAAAUAAAGAGUAUUUUUUUUGUUAAAAGUAAAGAUGGAGCUUUAUUAUCGACAUACAUGUAAACUCAGGAAGUUAACUCAUUCACCCCUGAAGACACAUCUAAACUCUUCCAAAGCAAAGGUUUGAAUAGUUCAUUUUGAAAUUUCAGGGGUGAAUGAGUUAUAUAAAAUUGUCACCUUAAGAAGGCUUUAUUUACAAUACAUAACUUGUGUAAUAUCAGUGUCAUCAAUUGUGAUGCAGCAAAGAACAAUGGGAUGGAAGCACAGAUACAAGGCUGUUUCCUGUUGACUCUUCCAAUUUUCUUCCUUCCAGUCUAAUUCUUAACAUAAACUUUAAAUUUAAGUUUAAAUUGUUGAGUAAUUGAAAAUAAAUCUAGGUUGCUUUCAUUCCAUCUGACUUUACUGAAACUUCCUGAAUCUUGUUAAAUUAAUGGAUUCCAAUAAAAAAAAACCUCUGUUAAACUCUUUUUCUUGAUUAUAACUGAUGCGUUUGUACACUUUAGUUACCAUAAUUGGAAAUCAUUUGUGGUCCACAUGCUAUGAAGAACUUGGUCUUGCAAUGAGUUUGUGCAUGUAAUUGUAUUAAUGGAGUAUCUUUAUUAUACAAACAAAACAUUAUCAGAUUUGAACAUUUUUAGUAUCUUUCUUGUUGUAUUCAGGCAAAUUAUUAGAUGCAAAAAGAACCAUUUUACCCCACUAAACCAUCUUGGGGUAGUUGUUCCAUCUAUAUAUUAACAGGAGCUAGUCAUUACAAAAAAUAACAGAAUUAAUAUGUAAAUUAUGUAAUACAUUUUACAUGUUUUCAUUUUGUUUUCUUCAUGAUAAGUGUUGAAUGAGCGUAUAUGUUUGAUACAUGUAUAUGGAUUGAUUCAGUGUGGAUGUUGGGACUGCAUGGCUUGAAGGAAUAUGCACUGGUAUGUAAUAUAAUGACUUGAGUUUAUACUGGCAUGAACAUUGAAAACAUUUGAUUUAAUAUGUAAAUUUUCAGUCUACAUUUGUGGUCAUUAGAGAUUUAAUUUUCCAAAAUGUUUGCAGUAUUAAUGUGUCUGUGUUAUCGCUGUAUUCAUGGAACAGCCUAAGGUCUCCUUAAUAUUGGUUCCUUAUGAUGAAUUCAAAGUAUAUGCGAGCUGGGAGGAAAAAUGUCAGAAAGACACUCUUGACAUUGUGUACAUAGCCUAUGAAUGCAAUUUCUUCUGAUUUGGUUAUAAUUGGACUGCAGUGGAAAUGUAAAUAUUGUGAUUUAUACAUAUAAAGCUUGAGGUCAUCCGCUGUAAAAAAAAAUGGGCUUGUUUGUACAUGUAGAAAAGCUUGCUGUGGAUAAAAAAUGUGAUUAACAAUACUGUUAGUUUAUAUCUUGUGUAUAUUUCUAUCAAUUGUUUAACAGCGAUUCACCUGUAGGUACAUGUAUUGUGUAUUUUACUUGUUCGUACUUCAACAGAUGAACAGUUACCCUAAAAUUCCUUUUUGGAUUUUAACUUUUAUUAAAAGACAUUUGUCAAUAAUAUUUCAUUUUUACCUAAAAUAUAAGAAAUAAUUGAACUUGCAUGCAAAAUACUACUAAAAUGAAGAAAAAAAAACCAUCAAACGUUUUAUUCUGAAAGUUGGAUUAACAUUGAUCUGAUCUCUUGGUUAUAGUGAAGGACACUUGUUUUCCUGUUAAAGAUAUUCCUUUGUAUAGUUGAUAUUUGUUUGUAUCAUUAUUUUAUGCCUCUUUUUCUAUCUUUAUUCGAAGUUUAAAAUUAAUACCAGGACCAGCAAUAACCAAUAAUGAGUUGGUUAACUUAAAUUAUUUAAUUUUUCCAUAUUCCAAAGUAUAUGAAUUUCAAUUUGCCAAAAACUGUCUGAACACACUUGAAUUAAUGUGGUCAUCUCUUCUAGCAAGUGUAAAAAUAUGUUAUUUAUAUUGUAUUUUUAUAUAAAGCUUAAAAAUGUAGUGAACCUUUUCGUUACUAUAUAUAGGCACAUGGACACAUGUAAACAAAUUUAUUGUUAUUAUUGUUUGAUUGGUAAACUUUUUUGUGCUAAUGUUACGGAACCAACAGUUUAAUACCAUUCAUGCAGUUUAUUAUGUAUUACUUUUACAACUCCCAAUAAAUUGAAGAGACAGAUUUACCUUUCUCUUUUAGUUAGGAGAAAUCUUUAUAAAUGUGUUUCUGAUAUACUGAGAAUGAUUUUGAUGAAUGAUAUCUAACUCCAAACUCCAUGAUGCUACUUUAAACACAAGCUUUCAUUAUUAUACAACACUAAAUUUAGUGUAUUUUUGAGGAACUCCUUAAAUGAGAUGCAGUUCGUGUGACAGAACUUUGCUCAAAGUGAAUUUUUCCUAUUGAGCGUAUUGGUGCUACAGAUUUCGGUCAUAAAAAUUAUCAGGUUUAUCAUCGCGUAAUUGAGUUUAGAUAUUUGUAUGGAACAACUUUUAUGUUUUGUGGUCAUGGGCGUUUUGAAAGUACUGAUGAAAAAAGUACUGAUUACAGUGUAACAUGAUUAAACCUACAUUUGGCCAGUUCAUACAGAAUCUGGUGUAUACAGAAUCUGUAAUGUUAGGUGUACAGCCUACAGGUCUAUACAUAUAUAUACAUAUACAUACGUUUGUGUAAGUAAUUGGAUAUAAUUUGAAUUGUAGCAUUGAUGUAAUAACAGAAAACAAAGAAGUUGUGAAGUUUUCAUGUAAUUUAAAAUUCAUACCAGUUCCUGCCUAGCAGUAAUUUAGACCGAACCAACGACUAGAAAGAGUUGGCAUUAAAAAUAGGCUUCAUCAAGCAAUAAAGGCUCAAUGGAGUUGUAAAAACUGCAGUUAUUUUAUUCAGAGUUUUGUAGUUUAAAAAAAGACAAAUAGUGAAAACAUUGUUUUUGUGCAGUUUUGAUCAGUUCCAAUUUUAAUCUUGUAUUUUUCAGAAAUCUGUCGGAGAUGAUUACUUUGUUUGUGUAUUUACCAUGAAACCAUCCCUCUAUUAUUUACUAUUCAAACCAAAUACAUUGUAUCACACUACCAUUGUAUCACACUAACAUAGUAUGUACUACAUUUUAUACCACUAAACCAAGGUUACACAAUGUGCUUGCAUGUUUUUUUUAAUAAAACUUCAUUUGUAAUAACCAUUAUAUUUUCUUGUCUUAUGGCGAGAAAUCAUUUGUAUGAUUGGAAAACUGUCAAAUUUGAUUGAUAAAAUUUUACACAACUUAUGUUGACCUCACGAAAAAUAUUUUCUGAAGUUUUCAUUAACACAUUUAAUGACAUGGGUUGUCCUGUUGAUAUAUGGUAAAAGUUUGGUAUAUGUACUAGGAAUCAGAUAUAAAUAUGGUAUAUAUAUAUACCCGUUAUAUUAGUUCUAGUCACUAUGGUUUUGACAACUCUAAACUCAUUCCCCCCUGAAAUGAACAAUGAACUAUUCCAACCUUGGUGGAAAAAUACGCAGGAAGAGGCGGAGGAGUCCAACCUCCUAUAGGUGCUGGUUGGUAGAUGUCUCGGUGGAGGAAUCAGGUGGAUACUGGAGUAUUCUAAUAGAGCUUCAUAGACGAUAGCACGGAAUUAGAUUGCUAUCUAAGUCCGUGACGAUAGGUAAUAACAAGUAGGUAAGAGAUAGAGCAUCAACACCAGGUAUUCUGUCAAUUAGGAGUUAUUUGUUGACAGGUUUCGGUAGGCUAAUUACGGUUCACAAUAAAAUGACAUCAUGAUUUGCAAAAUUGUUCUGAUGAUGGUAGGCGUAGCCUACCGAAACAUGUCAACAAAUAAAAUCUCCUAAUUCACGGAAUCCCUGCUGUUGUUGAUCCAUCUCUUACCUACUUGUUAUUCCAACUUUUCAAUUGAAAGAGUUCAAAUGUGUCUUCAGGGGUGAAUGAGUUAAUCUUCAUGACACAGGGACUUGGCUUCUUGAUCCAGUCCUCAAACAGUUAUUUUCCUGUGAAAUUUUGUUACUUCUACUAUAUUCAAACAAAGACAAUUUGGGUUGAAAGCCUUUUUUCGUUGAAAAGGAAAUUAUGAUGGUGUACUUUGUAUAUUACUCAUUGCUGUAGUAAAUGGGAAAGCAACUCCAAAACAGAUGUGAAACAGAUUGGAACUCUUCUUCAUUGGCGAUAAAAUACGGAGCACAGGGGUACUCUACCUUAAUAUCAGGCCUCUGUGCACCAUUUGAAAAUAAUAGAUAUUUGUUUGCCAUUCAUAUUUGUCAACAUAAUACACAACAAUUGAGACUGGAAAAUGUUUACAAAGUCUGGUAUUAGAUAACUAUAGCCUGUGAUUAUUUUUGGUAAUUAAAACAUACUCUAUACUG